AUGACAAUCUUUCCUUCAUCUUUUGUAUGUCUUGAUCCACUUCGAGGAAUACGAUGUCCUAUAAAAUCCAUAUAUCAGCUUGGAGACUCUACAGCAGACACCGGGAAUCUAAUUCGACUAAUUCCUGCAGCUCCUGCGGCUCGCCUACCUUAUGGAGAAACUUUUCCACGAUUCCCCUCUGGCCGUUGGUCGGAUGGUCGACUUAUCAUUGAUUAUAUUGCUGCAUCUCUUGGGCUUCCGCCAUUGAAUCCUAACUUGGACAAAAAUGCUACGUUCUUCAAUGGCGUAAAUUUUGCUGUGGCCGGAAGCACGACUCUCAGCCCUAAGUUUUAUGCAGCUCGAGGGACCAAGGUUCUACCACUUCCAUCACUUUUUGCUCAAUUGGCGGCGUUUAAGAAAUAUCUUAAGAAGAUUUGCCUCACUCCAGCAGAUUGCAAACUAAAGCUCAGAAGAUCGCUCGUGUUUGUGGGUGAAUUCGGGUACAAUGACAUUGCAUACGCAUUUCAACAAGGGAAAUCCCUUGCAUAUAUCGAAACAUACUUGCCACUCGUUAAUGGAGCCAUCCUCAAUGCGACAAGAGAGGUAAUCCUAUUAGGCGCCGACCAAGUCAUUGUCCCCGGACUUUAUCCACUCGGAUGCUUCCCUUUUUCUCUGAGCUCGGCUGAUCGCGAUCAUAGCUUGCUUAAUGAAAGAACCAAAGAUGAAUUUGGAUGUCUAAAAGGCUUGAAUGAUUUAAUUCGUUCUCGAAACAAUGACCUAGAAAGAGAUAUAAACAAACUCCGGCUCGAAUUUCCUAAUGUCAACAUACUCUACUCUGACCUCUAUAAUGCUUUUCUAACACUUCUUAUAAAAGCACCCGCUCUCGGGUUUAACCCAAACACUUUGUUUAAGCCUUGUUGUGGACGCCCGGGUUUUUAUCUCACUCUAGGGCCGAUAUUUUGUGGAAACGGAGACGUACCAUUGUGUCCGAAUCCGAAUGACCAUAUACAUUGGGAUGGCAUUCAUCUAACACAAGCUUCUUAUAAACAAAUGGCUCGAUUUGUCAUACGUGAGCUGAAGGCGCAAUGCAUUUAA